AUGGAUAAAAACGAAGAUUUUACCGCGCUACCAAAACCGAAGUCUGAUUUAAACACUGAUAGAAAGAAUUUUAUUAACACCAAAGCUGCAACCUCGUCAAAUAUGAAUGGUAACGAUUCUCCUGUGGACCCAAGCCCUCCAUUUCGGAAUGAAGGCAAAAAAAGAAAAAAUAUAUUUAUUCCAAUCUCAUUUGAUAGUAACAUUAUUUCGGUGAUGAAUGACCGUUCAACUAGCAACCUUGAGGAACCUACUGUUCAGAAUAAGGGAAAAAGCAAAAUCAUUACCAAAGAGCAAGACCAUAACGCUCAUGAUUCAAAUAAACGCGUCACCAACAAGGAAUCUAUUAAAGAACGUUACCUUAUUGAAACGGAAACUGUUCCGAUUCAAACUGAGUCAAAAUUUAAAAAUGAACUAGAAGGAGAACAACAAUGUUUUAAUAAAGUGAAAUUAGCAAAUGGUUUAGGAGAGGAAGAACAACUUAUUAAAACAACAAUUGUUUCGAUUCAGCCUAAAUCAAAAGGACUUAGGAUGCGUGAACAUGAUCAGCCACGACAAGCUGUUAAAAAGGCGAAAAUAGCAAAUGAUCCUGGAGGUUCAGGAAACCAUCACGGUUCUACAUUACAAACCAUUUCACAAAAUAAUAAUAAUCGAUCUGAUAUUCAAUAUGACAGUAUAGAUUCAUCAUCUACUCAGAAUAAGUCUUUACUCGUAGAGAGUUUCAAGAAGGGUUUUGCCAUGAUCAAAAAUUUUAUCAUGUCCGAAGCUCCAGAUGAUAAAACUGUGCGAGUCAUAUUUCAUGUGCAUUUACCUAUGAAUAUCCGUUCUGAAAAUCUUGUUAUAGUUGGUAGUAUAGAGGAACUUGGUAAUUGGGAAGAAUCUAAAGUUAGACUCAUUCAAUACAUAAAUGAUAAUUCAGAGUAUACAUCUUAUUGGUAUUCAGAGCCUAUUCGUAUCCCAAUUGAAAGGUUUCAAUCAAACGCUGUUGAAUAUAAGUAUGCGGUGUUAUCUUCGGACAAUUGCUUACAGUUUGAAGGGGAUGGACCAAAUGAUAAUCGUGUGUUAGAAAUUACACGUCAAAAAUUUGAUAUUUGGAAAAAUAACUCAAUAAAUAGUAUUAAACAAAUAACUGAUUAUAUGUUCUUGGAUGUUAUUUAUGAAUCCGUUACUUUAAAAAACAUCAAGGAGAUGAUUCUUGAAUAUGAUUUUAUCCUGAAAAAGUAUCGAAAAUUUACAUUAUCCGUAACGAAUAUUCAAUUUAUUAUCAAACGUGCAUCAGAAAAUUCUGUUGAUAAACAGCUUUUCUUAUGCUUUCUUUUAGGACAUUGUUCAAAUACUCGCGGAAGAUUAGAAUUUCCAAAAAAUUUUCAAUCAGCUCCUUUGCUUCAAGCUUUUUUCAAGGUUCAAUCAGACACAUUUCCAUCUGAUAGUUGGCGUAUUGUAUUAAAAGGAAUGAAUCAUUUGAUUCAUCACGAUAUUAAAAAUGGAUCCUUCGUAUGGCUCAAAAUCUUUACCAUCGCACGAAUAAUUGAUCCUCAAUAUAAGUUCGUCGAAACAAUAAUUUUUGAUAAAACUGACGAGCAAUAUUUGGUAGAAAUGUCUAAAAAAAUUAUAUCUAAAGAUGACCCCGUCGUUUUGCAUAAUACUUUUACCGAGCUUCCUGAUGACAUUAGAGACAUAGUCACGAAUUUAUUUAGAAAGAGAGCGUUACAAUUAUUAGCCAAUGCUCGUAAUACUACCUGGAAUGAUUCUCAAUCCAAAUCGAUGUUUUAUCUUUUAAACUCCGUACGUCUACAUUGGACAAAAGAUGAAUACAUUGUCUUCUUGGAAACUGUGUCAACUUUAGAUAAUUAUCAGCUAUUAAGCGAGUUUCCAUCAUUCCUGAAAUAUUGGAUUCAGAUGAAUAAAAAUAUUGAUAAUAAAAUAGCACAGAUAUGUAUUCAAUGGUAUAAAAAGUUUAUCGAUCGAACGGAUCACACAAUAGUUCAUAGAGGAGAAUACGUAUUCGCAGUUUUUGAGAAGUUGUCAUACACUUGUUCAGUAGUUAAGGAACAAUUCAUCUUGGAUGAAUUAAUGAAGAUAACGUUCAAUUGCAUAAGACAGUCCUCAGAACAAUCAAUUUUUAAUGUUACAAAUAAAGUUGUAAAGUUUGGUUCAGAAGCAGAACGUGUAUUUACACAAGUCAUUUAUGAAAAGAUUGAUUCGAUGAAUCUAGAUUACGAUGAACGAUUAUUAAAGAAAAUGCAAGGCAUUUGUGGUUAUACUGGUAAAAGUUUAGAGAUUCCAAAUGA